CGGCGGUAAUCAAACGUAACGCGCGGCACUUAAACGAUUGACGGCUCUAUUAAACGUUUAUCGUUGGCGCGUAAUACUGAAAAACACUGAGCAUAUAAUACAUGUUAAUAAUAACACUGGCGUGUGUACGACGUGUAGAACGCGCGAUUGCACGUGUAGGAAGGUAGGUGUACAUCGGAUAAAUCGAUUUUUGUUGUUUUCGCUCGUUCGCCGUCGAACGUUAUUGAUACCCACCAAACAUUAUAAUUAUUGCGUGUAUUGUCGCGAGCAGUGUUCGCCGCUGUCGCGCACUAAACGCCAAUAACGUAUUUUAAACACGACUGCACGGGACCGGCGAUGACGAUUGCGGCCGUACGGUGAACGCCGCCGCCGUAGCCUGCACUCUCUUGCACCGGAUAUCCGCGAACCGGGUCCCGGACAACAUCCUUUUAGUGCGCCCGCGUCCGCAGAAACCGAUGAAAUUGGACGGACGACUCGGCGGGACGGCGUGUGACGGCGGCGGUGCUGUUUACGGACCUUCGGCGGGUCUCGGCGACAACGGCGAUCGACCGGAACGGCCACCGAACUCCACCGUCGCCACGACCGCGGUGGACGAGCGCGGCUUGUCGUCGUCGCCGCUGCCGCGGGAACAGUGCGAUUGCGACUCCGACGCCCGGAGACAGGCGAUGGCCACCUGCACGGCGGCCGGUUCCGCGGCUGUGCCGAAGACGUCUGCUGUCGGUUCAUCGCUGUUCACCAUCGACAGUAUACUAGCCCCGUCCAGGUCGUCUGACGACUCGGCCGUCGCGGUGGCCUCUGGCCGCAACAACGUGACCGCAGCCACGGCAGCGGCCACCGGGUUUUUCAAACAGCCGUUAAGCUUUGGACACCUGGCAGCCGCAGCGGCCGCGUCCGGAUAUGCGCACUCCACUGCCGCAAACUUUUUAGUUGCCGCGGCUGGUUACCAAAGUAUCUAUCCUAGUUACAUGAUGGCCAUGGCGGUGACGGGAGGCCACGGGACUGCCAGCGGUCACCAUCACGGUCCCGCGUCCAUGUUUGCCGGCCCACCAGCCAAGAGAAAGAGAAGGCACCGGACAAUAUUCACCGAAGAACAACUCGAACAGUUAGAAGCGACUUUCGAAAAGACACAUUACCCAGACGUAGUGCUCAGGGAGCAGUUAGCGCUGAAAGUAGAUUUAAAAGAAGAACGAGUUGAGGUAUGGUUUAAAAACCGUCGAGCAAAGUGGAGAAAGCAAAGACGUGAAGAACAAGAUAGACUGAGGAAAAUGCAACAUCAUCUAGUGGAACAGCCUGGAGUGUCUAAUGGUCUAGCAGCUGCAGUAGCGGCAGCUGCGGCUAGGGGGGGUGAUCCCAUGCGGUUAGUUCAUCUGCACGUGGACGAAGAAGAACUUGAAGAAGAUCCCGAUUCUUCAGACUUAGAAGUUGCUUGAGUAAAUUCUAUUGACUGAAUAAAUAAUUGUUUGCAUUUUUUAUACAUUUUCUGAAGAAGUGGUUUAUUUUUAACCUGAA